CUGUUUUGUAUAGAGAAAUUGAGGCGAAAAUACCAGGAAGCCUAACAAAUGAGAUGAAAAAUCAAAAUAAAAAAAUAGUUCAAACAAAUUCUUACUACAAAAAGGCUGCAAAUGAGGAGCUUUCUUCAGUUUUAUUACGGUUAUUUACAAUUUGGUUCUUAAGGCUAAACUAAAUCUAUCUCCUCCCUCGUUUUAGUUUGGAGAAACCUCACUUCUUAAUUUCUAGGGUUUCCUUUGUUUUGCUAUCUCAUUUCAUCUGCUUGUUGCUUUAGGUGGGGAUCGCCGGAUCGGAAUCAAUGAGAGAUCAGUUGAAUUCGGAUCUUUUCGACCCGAGAACUGAGAUGGUUUCGGAGUUUUCGCGUGCGGCCUCUAGCUCCGAUGGCGACUUCGGUUUCGCUUUCAACGAUAGUAAUUUCUCCGACCGGCUUCUUCGGAUUGAGAUUAUGGGUGGAGCCCCUCAGUGCCGCUCCGAUGGAGAGGAUUGCACCAGCAUCGCCAAUUGGGCUCGCGACCGUAAAAGGCGUCGAGAGGAUAUCAAGAAGGAAACCGUUUUGGAUCUUAGUUUAUGUCCUGAGGAGCAGAUUUUAAAUGACAACCAACCUGAUAUGGAUGAUGGUGGCUGUGAGAAUCAAGAUGAGGAGCCAAUGGCAAUGGUUGAAGAAACGCAAUCAGGUGGUGAGGAUGCUAAUAGCAAUGAAUCAAACUGGAGCAUGGAUUGUUCUACAGUUCUGAGGGUUAAAACCUUGCAUAUCAGUUCUCCCAUUUUAGCAGCAAAAAGUCCAUUCUUUUACAAGCUUUUCUCAAAUGGGAUGAGGGAGUCGGAGCAGCGGCACGUAACCUUAAGAAUCAAUGCCUCUGAGGAAGCUGCUCUCAUGGAGCUUUUAAAUUUUAUGUAUAGCACCAACCUAUCCGUCACCACAGCUCCCGAAUUGCUUGAUGUGCUGAUGGCUGCUGACAAAUUUGAGGUUGCCUCUUGUAUGAGAUACUGCAGCAGGCUAUUGCGCAAUAUACCUAUGACACCAGAGUCAUCUCUGCUUUACUUGGAUCUUCCAUCGAGUGUAUUAAUGGCUGAUGCUGUCCAACCAUUGACAGAUGCUGCAAAGCAGUAUCUCGCUGCCCGAUACAAAGACAUUACCAAGUUCCAAGAAGAGGUAAUGGCUUUGCCACUAGCUGGGAUUGAGGCAAUACUGUCCAGUGAUGAUCUGCAAAUAGCGUCUGAAGAUGCGGUGUAUGACUUUGUGUUGAAGUGGGCUAGGGCUCAGUAUCCAAAAUUGGAAGAUCGUAGGGAAGUGCUCGGUUCUCGCCUUGCACGCUUCAUUCGCUUCCCUUAUAUGACAUGCCGGAAACUUAAGAAGGUGUUAACAAGUAAUGAUUUUGAUCAUGAGGUUUCAUCAAAGCUUGUGCUCGAGGCCCUCUUUUUCAAGGCCGAAGCCCCACACAAAAAACGAAGCUUGGUCGCAGAGGAGUCUGCCAGCUUGAACCGUCGCUUUAUCGAGCGAGCUUACAAGUAUCGACCUGUUAAGGUGGUGGAAUUUGAACUCCCCCGUCAGCAAUGCGUCGUAUACCUGGACUUAAAAAGAGAAGAGUGUGCAAAUUUAUUCCCAUCUGGACGGGUUUAUUCUCAGGCUUUCCACCUGGGUGGACAAGGUUUCUUCCUGUCAGCCCAUUGCAACAUGGACCAGCAGAGCUCUUUCCAUUGCUUCGGGUUGUUUUUAGGGAUGCAGGAAAAGGGUUCAGUUAGUUUCGCAGUGGACUAUGAAUUUGCAGCGAGGACAAAGCCAACAGAGGAGUUUGUUAGCAAAUACAAAGGCAACUACACAUUCACCGGCGGCAAGGCAGUUGGGUAUAGGAAUUUAUUUGCUAUACCUUGGACUUCUUUCAUGGCUGAAGACAGUCUUUACUUCAUAAAUGGUAUUCUCCAUCUUAGGGCUGAGUUAACCAUCAGGCACUAACCAACUCCUGCUUGUUCGAUCGAGUUCUGCCCACUAACCCUUUGUUGUUUUUGUUUCUCCGCUCAGAUCGUGAGAAAAAGAUAGAAUGUAAAAGUAAAUGGAUAGACUUUCCUCCCAUGUUGACGAGUUUGUAUGGAUUUGGAAGUGGAUUAACAAUCUACGUCAAUUUAGUUUUCUA